CUGAAUACCAAGAGUUACGAACACCCUUUCAUCUAAACCUUUUAUGAGAUCAUAUAAAUUAAAUGUAACAACACUAAUUAUUAUUCUUCUUCUUCAUGAAUCCAUCCUCACUUUCCUCUUUCUCAAAUUGUGUCUGUUAGGGUUUUACCUUGACGUCAAAUUCGACAAAUUCAACCACAAAUUGAACCUUUGUACCAGUUCUGAUCGUGAUUUCUAGCAGUGAUUAUUUGAACUAUUUGAAGAUGUCGCGAUAUAAUCGUCCAGGAAACCGUUAUGGUGCUGGUAAUUCCGUUAGUAAAGUCGAUGAUACUCGAUCGGUGUGGAAACCAAAGGCGAAGAUUAAUGAUGGAUCUUUAGAUAGUGCUUCUGGUAAAUCCGAUAGUAAAAUCAAACAUACGGAUGUUGAUCGUCGAACGGACUGGAAACCCAAGGCAGAGAUCGAUGAAUCUUCGGAUAGUGCUUCUUUUUCCCAAAAUGAUCGAUCAACAGUUCCUGGAGAGUCUAGUUUUGACGAUUCGGCUUUUGGUGUGGAAACUUUUAAACAGACACUGAAUGAGUUAAAUGAGUAUAAUGGUUUUAAGAAGGUGAAACAAUACGCGGAUAAAUCUCAUAAACCGACACUGAAUGAGUUGGAUGGUUAUAAUGGUUUUAAGAAGGUGAAACAAUACGGGGAUAAAUCUCCUGAACCGACACUGAAUGCAUCAGACGAUGAUCAAAGACCAAAGCAUCAUGUAUUUGAUAUCUGUCCAAAGAAGUCUAGUUCUGGAUUCAAGUUAAAACCUUCGUUACUUGCGAUGAACCGAGAAAAACGAAAUCAAAUCAAACAAUCCACGAAAGGGCAAAACAUCGAGAUUUUGGGGCCGGGGAUUGUACUCCUGAAGGGCUAUAUAUCUUUUGAUGAUCAGAUUAGUAUCGUAAAAACUUGCAGGGACCUUGGAAUCGGUGUAGGUGGUUUUUACCAACCUGGGUACAAUAGUGGAACAAAACUACAUUUACAGAUGAUGUGUCUCGGUAAAAACUGGGAUCCCGACACUCACACGUACACUGAGUUAAGGUCAUCUGAUAAUUCUAAGCCUCCGGGAAUUCCCGAAAAGUUUAGUGAUAUGGUUAAAAAAGCGAUACACGAUUCAAACGAGUUUAUACGCGGGAACAGUGGUAGUUUAAAUGAAGGGAAAGUUGUUCCUUCCAUGUCACCUGAUAUAUGCAUCGUCAAUUUUUAUACGAAAACCGGUAGACUUGGUCUUCAUCAGGACAAAGAUGAAAGUGAAAAGAGCUUGAAGAAAGGGCUACCCGUUGUAUCAUUUUCAAUAGGUGACUCUGCGGAGUUUUUAUAUGGUGAAACACGAGCUAUUGAUGAAGCAGAUAAAGUGACGUUAGAAUCAGGGGAUGUUUUGAUAUUUGGCGGGAAAUCGAGGUUAAUAUACCAUGGUGUUAGUAGUAUUAUUCCUGAUACUGCUCCGACGUCACUUAUGGAAGCAAGUGAUAUGCGCCCAGGUCGCUUAAAUCUUACUUUUAGAAUGUAUUGAUUGACCCGUUUCAUGAUCAUUUGUGAAGCUUGUUUUUAAGACGGCUUUAGGAUUUGGAUUUGUUUGUGUGGAUUUUCAUCACCAAAUGUAGGAAGUAUUCUAAAUGUUUGCUAUGUUUUAACA